CACGUUAGAAGAAAAUGUUUUUUAUUUUGGCAGUCAAACUCAAACGGCAGACCUAGUUUGAUGCUGGGCGUACUUCUCAUACAACUAAAACAGCACAUGUUUACAAGUUAUUUUCCUUCUAAACAAAUUUUAGUCGUCUUUGAGUUUACAAAAUGGGAGACGAAGAAAUUAUUCGGAGAAGACUGUUGUUCGAUGGUGAAGGAACUGGUGAUGAAAGGAGACUAAAUGUCCUGCUAAAAGGUUUUUUGACUUGGUGCAAUUCUGUCGAUAGUGCAGAAGAAACACAAACAUCAUAUGCAAGAAUGGUUGCCCAAAUUGCUCAGUGUGAGUUUGCCGCCACAAAAUCCUUACGUUGUUGUGAGAUGAACACUGCAGAACAGCAACAUUAUGAUGAUCUCUACAACCAAAUAGAAUAUGGCAUUGUGUCGGCAAAAAAGGACAUUGAGGCAACCAAGAAAGAGCUUCAAGAAGCCAGACAGAUUCGUAGGAAUAAGAUGGAAUAUGAUGCAUUAGCAGCUAUUAUUCAAAACCAGCCGGAUCGUAAAACUAAUCAAAAUAAACUUGCAUUGCUGCGGCAAGAAUUGGAAGCAUCAGAAUCUGAGUGUCAGAAAUUAGAAAUGAAAUUAGAACAGCGACGCAAACAGUUUCACCUGCUAAUUUCAACUAUUCAGGGUUUACAGCAACUCCUUGUUGAUGAUGAAACAACCUAGAAAUGUGUACAAUUUUCAGACUUUAUAUUUGAAUAAGGAAUAAAAGGUUUUUUUUAACACCAAAA